AUGAGCUUCUCCGAUACAAACAGCGAGAAGGAGUUCCCCAACGUGGACGAGCACAACGCCUGCGAGUACCUCCACGCGGCUCUCACAGUCUUCGUGAUUGGCGCCUCAGGUGAUCUGGCCAAGAAGAAGACGUACCCGUCACUCUUUGCCCUCUACACAUCGGGAUAUCUGCCAGAGCACGUGGUCAUCGUCGGCUUUGCACGCAGCAAGAAGAACGAUACCGACUUUCGAGCGCAGAUUGCGCCCUAUAUCAAGUCCAAGACGUCCGAGACAGAGGCCAAGAAGGACGCGUUUCUCAGCAAAUGUAUUUACCGCAGCGGGGACUAUGAUUCUGCUGAAGAGGUUGGCAAGGUCAGCAAGGAGAUGGAGGCACUGGAGGAGGCCCACGGCACGUCUGUGGCCAAUCGUCUCUUCUACUUCGCCAUCCCGCCUACGAUCUUUGUACCCAUCGGCACAAGUAUCAAGAAGGCGGCGCUAACGUCCCAUGGCUGGAAUCGCCUUAUCGUGGAAAAGCCGUUUGGUCGUGACCUCGAGUCGUUCAACAAGUUGUCCAAGGACAUGGGUGCGCUGUACGCUGAGGACGAGAUCUACCGCAUUGACCACUACUUGGGCAAGGAGAUGGUGCAGAACCUACUCGUGCUACGCUUUGGAAACGCUAUCUUUGAGCCCAUCUGGAACCGCAACUACAUCUCGAGCGUGUCCAUCACGUUUAAGGAAGACUUUGGCACGCAGGGCCGCGGCGGCUACUUCGACUCGUAUGGCAUCAUCCGUGAUGUCAUGCAAAACCACUUGCUGCAAGUACUGUCCCUCAUAGCCAUGGAACCGCCAGUCAUGGCUGCUGGGAAGGACUACUCGAACUACAUUCGUGAUGAGAAGGUCAAGGUGCUGAACUGUAUUGAGCCGAUUAAGCUUGAGAACACGGUGCUGGGCCAGUACCAGGGUGACAAGGAACGCAAUGAGCCUGGAUACCUCGAGGAUCCGACCGUACCAAAGGGAUCGGUGACGCCCACGUUUGCAACGACAGUCAUGUACGUGAAUAACCCCCGCUGGGCUGGAGUUCCGUUCAUUAUGAAAGCUGGCAAAGCCCUCAAUGAGCAGAAGGGCGAGAUCCGUGUGCAGUUCCGUCCGCCUCCUGGAGCGGAGCAUAUGUUCCCCGGUGUGAAGAUUCCCGUGCAGGAGCUUGUUCUACGUCUGCAGCCUGAGGAAGCCGUGUACAUGAAAAUGAACAUGAAGAGCCCGGGCUUGCAGACCCAGGCGAUCUCGAGCGAGCUGAACUUGUCGUAUUCCGAGCGUUACGAGGGCGCGGAGGUGCCGGGUGCUUACACGCGCCUCAUUUUGGACGUACUUCGUGGCAAGCAGGCUGCAUUUGUGCGCGAUGACGAGCUGCGUGCAGCCUGGAAGAUCUUCACACCGUUGCUGGAUGAGAUUGAGUGUCAGAAGAUAAAGCCUUUGCAGUACGCUUUUGGCUCGCGCGGGCCCAAGGAAAGCGACAAGCUGAUCAACAAGGUUGGCUUCCAGUACCACAACGGUGCGUACCAGUGGCAGCCUCGCGGACGCACCACCAGUGCGCUGUAG